AUGCAGCAACAACUACUGAAUUUAAGAAGGGACUUUGAAAACUUGAAGAUGAAAGAGGAAGAAACUGUCAAGCAGUACUCAGACAGAAUCAUGUCUGUAAUAAACAACAUAAGGCUACUUGGAGAACAAUUUAGUGAAGUAAGAAUUGUAGAGAAGGUGAUUUCAACAUUACCUGAAAGGUAUGAGGCAAAGAUCUCAUCUCCUGAAGACUCAAGGGACUUGACCAGCAUAUCCUUGACAGAUCUGAUCAAUGCUCUUUACGCUCAAGAGACAAGGAGAGCAAGUAGACUGGAAGAGCAUCAAGAAGGUGCCUUCCAAGCCAAAACCAGAUCAGCCUCAAACUCCUCUAGAUACAAGGGGAAGAAAACCUGGUCAGACAAACCAAAGACAGACAAAGUUUGCAAAAACAAAGGCAAACAGAGGCCAAAUCAACCUCAACAUCCAAGAGCUGAAGCUCGAGUAGUAGAAGAAGGCAGUGACCAAGAAGAGCAAGUCUUUGCAGUUUCUUGCACAGCUACCAAAAGAAAAGCCACAAAAGGAUGGCUGAUUGACAGUGGAUGUAUUAACCACAUGACUCCGGAUGCUGCUAUCUUCAAGUCAAUAGACAGAAGCUUCAAAACAAGGGUGAAGGUUGGAAAUGGACACUUCAUCAAAGCUGAAGGCAAAAGAGAUAUGCUGAUUGACACUCCUACAGGUGCCAAACUAGUUUCAAAUGUACUUUUGGUGCCUGAAAUAGAUAGAAACCUACUCAGUAUAGCUCAGUUGCUAGAAAAGGGUUAUUUUGUGGUGUUCAAAGGCAAAUAA